AUGGCCCGCCUCCCAUUUCCGCACUGGCUCGUAUCCUGCCUCAUGUGCCUACCAGGACUCGUGCUUCUCCUCUGCGCGGCGCCUAUCACCAUGACUUCAGCGGCGUUCGAGGUCACUGACGCGGAUAUCAAGAAAUUUGUUCCGAAAACCUCUUCAAAAUCAUCCUUCUACAGUGCUGUGGUGGUGUCAUCGUUCGAAUCGCAGGGGACCGUGAUUGUGCGAAUGCCUGCCGACACGGAUGCGUACCCCGUUGUCCUCCGCGUGAUCAUGACGGGAUGCGUCGAACCGCCAACGGACGUCUCACUCGAUGGCACGUCUCUGGCAUCGGACGCCAGUCAGUGGAAGCUGGUGGCUCCGGGAGUGUGGGAUUUGAUCAGGAGCCUCGACUGGGCGACCAAUGACGUGGGGAGCUUUUUGACUGGCGUCAAAGCCGUGGUGUCGCAUGCGGAUGUGAACGGCAACGCGGUGACCGCGUCGGGGUCGCUGGCGAAGAUCGGAGCUCUUGAUACUGGCCUCGCAGUGCUGCCAUCCAUGGCAGGCGGUCGGUUCCAAGCCAUGUUCUCUGGCGCCGUGGUAGGAGGGGCCAAGAUUCGCAUCGCCAGCAGCACCGACAGCAAGGUUACUCUCGAGGUGCACCUGGUCUUCACCAAGGGCGUAAACACCAACUCAAAGGUCUCCCUGGCGGGUCAGGUCGGAGCUGACAAGUCGGCCCCUCUCGCCCUCGCAUGUCCCUUUGCCUCGAACGUCAAGGGCGUGUUCACUUGCUCCAAGACUGUCGACGUGAAUAUCCCCGCGGGAGCUGCUACCACACCCGGUGUAUUGGGACUGCAGAAGUUUAUGGCUGCGCUGGUGGGAGCUACCAUGUCGGGUGAUAACCUGGCAGCAACCUUCACCCUGACUGUGAAUGGGCAGCAAGAGACACUUUACUAUGCUUUGUAG